ACAACCCCAGAAGUUCGAGCGCUCGAGUGAAGCAAAAUGGCGGAACUCGACGAUGUUACGUUAGACGGGAAACAGCUUCAAUCGCUUCGUGUUGCGGAUUUAAAAACCGCUCUGGAGCAAAGAGGUCUCGCCAAAAGUGGACAGAAAAAUGCACUUAUUAAACGACUGAAAGGGGCUCUGAUGUUGGAGAAUCUCCAGCGAACAUCCACCCAUCAUGCUGGACUUCAACCCAACUCUCAGAUUGGAGAGGAGAUGAGUCAGAACAGCUUUAUAAAGCAGUACCUGGCCAAACAGCAGGAGCUCCUUCGACAGAGACUGGAGAGAGAAGCACGAGAAGCUACGGAGGCAGAUGAGAUACAGCGUCCUGCUGGUCCAGAGGAGGAUGACCACAUGUUGACCAGCGAAAGCACUUCAUGUCUGUCAGACAAGCAUCGCAUUGUACACUCUCAUCUAUCUGUAAGCCAGGCAGAGGGUGGAGGUGGGGAUCGUGGAGGAGGGUUGCCUCAGGACCCUGGUUUAACGGGAUCACACAGGCUAGAUAUAAGCCCUUCUCAUCUGCCUCACGAACCCCCUGACACUAAAGCCGGGAGGAUCAGACAUCCUUCUAAUUUCCCCAGCCAUGAGGAAGUUGCCACACCUUCUCCUCCACGGGCAGUUGCCUCCUUGUCUGUACGAGUGGUUGGACAACCCGAGCGUCAAGGCCUGCCACUUAUGAUGCCUCGUUCCCAAGAGAGGGAAGGAACAGCCCCAGUUGAAACAGGUCCUGCCCAGUCAGUGUUGCAGCUUAGCCGUUCUGCGAGAGCUGCAGCUUUUGUUCAAGCUGAUGGUGAUGAUGAGGAAGAGGAUAAUGACAGUGACGACGACGAUUAUGAAUGGGGUCCUUCCUCAAAUGCAAAAAAGAGUGUGCGGGCUCCUCCUGUACAACCUCCACCAGCCACAGGCCCCCAGCGAUCCCGUCGAAAGCUUCAACCCCCACAACACAUCCCUCCCCAACCUCAGCCAGUCCCUCAGCCUCCUCUGCAGCUCCGCCAACCCACUCCUCCUCCAUCCCCACCCCCAGAGCUCUCCUUUCUACUUCCUGACACUCCCAAACAGAGCCCCCAUGACCAAGAUGAAGCAGUGGGCCCGGGAGAUGGUGCUGCUCCGGGGCCCGGCUCCAUGCCAUCUCCUCCCCCCUUCAAGAGGCAGGAUUCCAGCUCCAGUUCUAGAUCCAGCAGCCCAGAACCUCUGUCCACACGAAGACCUGGUCCUCUGAGUCUGCUGGUACGCAAAAUGGAGUCUGAGGGUGUGUUUGGUGGUGGACAGAAGGUAGGGAUAGAAGGGGAAAUGGAAGUUGAAGAGCAGGAGGGUGGCAAACCAGCAGAAGCACCUGAAGUACUUAUGGGAACAAAUGUUCAGACCGAACCUCAAAUCUCAGCUCAGCAGCUUAACAGGCCACAUGUGUCUGUAUCAGUACCCACAAUGUCCUCUGUUCAGCAAGAUGCUCAUCGUAAAUUGGAGAAUAAGAUCUCAGAAUCUCAGGAUGAGAAAAAUGAGCAAAAAAGAGGUGAAGAGAAAGAAAAUGAGAAAGUGAACGAGACCGCUGCACCAUUCCAUAUGAAAUCAUCCAAAAUGUUUCCACUUAAAAGACCACGAAUUUUCUCUGCUGUCCCGCCACCUGAGUCACUUAAGUCACCCUCAAAACCUGAGCAGGUGUCAGUUCUCACCACAGCGCCUACCUGCUCUGAAGAUGUUAUGAUGGAGACAGAGACUCAUACAGUUACGUCUCAAUCAAAACACAGUGAGGAGAACAAAGAAGUUAAGAUACUAGAGAAACAGUCACCUAGAGCAAAAGAGGAGAGUAUAAUGGUCCCAUCUUCACACUCUUCAUCUGAUGAAGGUGAACUAGGAAAAACAACAGACGCUCACAAACCAAGCUCCUCAACAUCAAGUCACUCAUCUUCUGACUCUGAUUCAGAAUCAUCAUCCUCCUGUUCUUCAAGCUCUUCACGUGAGAAAUCCAGGCCACACAGUCAAAAAAAGGAUAAGAAGACAGAGAAACAAAAAGCAGAUAUUAAAGAAAAGACCCAAUCUCCCAGGGAGAUCAAACAGGAAACUCUCUCUGAGCCUGCAGGCCAAGUUACCAUGGAACUGGAGGGCCGCUCGGACUCAGAGAGUGCUAUGCAGCAGCCUGACCACCAGGAGGCAGAUGCAAGCGACCCUCGUCCAGAGAAGAGCUCUCCUGCGAAAUUGAUUGCUGCCCGCAAGAUCUCACUGAGCGGUAAAACAGAGAAUGCUUCUGAGUCUGUGGGCGGAGCCAACAGGAAGAGAAGGUGGGGUUCAAGUACAGCAGUCACUGCCAAGAGGCCAUCAAUUAGCAUCACCACUGAGUCACUGAAGACAUUAAUUCCAGAUAUCAAGCCUGUCCUGGAGGCUGUGGUUGAACUGCACCCAGACGAGGGCCAGCUCUCUAGUGAAGACUCAGCAGGUCUUCAUGAUGUAGACAAACUGGAAGAUGAUCAGGGCCUGAAGAUUAGACGCACAGUGACACAGAUUGUUCCAUCUGAUGGACGUGAGAAUGGGGAGAAAAAAAUAGAGGAGAAGGAGGAGGAAGAAGAGGAAGAAGAGAAAUGGACAGGCGGAGAGAAGGAAAAAACAAGGAAACAGGAGCGCUCCUCCGAUGCUGCUAUGGAAACAGAAGUGGGAGAUGCCAUAAAAGUCACUCCCAAUGAUUCCUUGGUGCGGCGGUCCAUUAGUCAGCAGAAAUCAGGUGUGUCCAUAACAAUCGACGACCCCAUACGACCAAGUCGCGAGCUGUCUCCUCCUCAUGGGCAAACUUCCAACAUCAUACACGUGUGCAACCUGGUGCGACCUUUCACUCUGGGUCAGCUGAAGGAGCUGUUUAACCGUUCAGGUACCUUGGUGGAGGAGGGUUUCUGGAUCGACAAGAUAAAAUCCCACUGCUAUGUCACAUACUCGACUACAGAGGAAGCGGUGGCCACCCGAGAAGCGCUGCAUGGUGUAAAAUGGCCUACCAGUAAUCCCAAAGUACUACGCGUGGAUUUCUGUGAGCAGGAUGAGUUGGACUUCCAUAAAGGUCUCUUGUCCAGUAACCGUGCAGGUGAUGGAAAUGACCCUCAAGCUUCAGGAACCCCGAACCGGCCUGCUGCCCCUAAACCACAUAUGCCCACACACCGCGAGAAAAAGGAACGAGAAAGAGACCGAGAUGGUGUUUCAGCCAUGAGGGACCAGUUGGCAGAGAGAGAAAGAGCGAUGGAAAGGAGAGAGAGGACUCGUUCUGAGCGGGAGUGGGAUCGGGGUAAGGUAAAGGAUUUCGGGAGUGAGGACAAAGCUGGAACAACAAGGUCUCGAUCACAGGACCGCAGACGCAGAGAGAGAGAGAAGAGCAAAGAGAAAAGAACUGAGAAAAAAGAUAAACCAGAGGAGCCUCCUGCAAAACUCCUUGAUGAUUUGUUCCGUAAAACUAAAGUAGCUCCCUGUAUAUACUGGCUACCCCUCACAGAAGAGCAGGUGACACAGAGAGCUCUGGAGCGUGCCGAGCGCAAAAAGGAACGAGAGAAGAGGAGGAAAGAACUCCAGGAUGAGGAGGACAAAAAACGAGAAGAACGGAGAGAAAGAGCAAAAGUCCGUGAAAGAGAUGGAGGGGCCACGGGGGGAGGGGGAGCAGGUGGUGGUGUGGGUCGUUCAGCUGAGGGAGAAAGAGACAGAGGUAAAGAAAGAGAGAGAGAAAGGGGUAGAGAGGGAGAAAAGAGGAGAGAUGCCUACAGGGGGAACAGAGACGGUGACUCCAAAACUGCAGGGGGCAGCAGACGCUCUCUGAGCCGUAGCAAUACAUCUAGAGAUAGACGCCGCUGAGUGUAUGAGAAUUUUGUGUGAUGUGUGUUCGCGCGAGCAUGAGUGUGUGAGAAGGAACAGAUUUGUCAGCAUUACGACAGCUCCAACCGUGAUGAAUGCCAGCCCUUUUGACACAUUAACAUCCGUUUAGUUUUUAGUUAUACCAUCAGCCUUGCUCUUUUAUCUACAAACAGAUCACACUUAGUAGUCUUGGUUAUGUCAUACAUUAAAGGUGUAGUUCAUCCAAAAGUGGAAUAUAAAGAAUAUUAUUUACUGACACUUGUGUUGUUCCAAAUCUGUUUAAAAAAAAUCUGUAUAACUGGAAACAAAGCAGCACCACAGUUGAUGACUUCCUUUGUGUUUUAUUCAUAUGAGUUUGGAAUGACAUAGGUGAGUAAAUUAUGAGUUUUAUUUUUUGGGUGAGUUAGUCCUUUAACAUAAUAUUGUUUCCUGCACAGCAGUACUGUUUUAAGGUGGAAAAAUAAACUUUUUCAAAAAAUAGCAGAUGAAACCUCAGGUCUUAAUCUAACAAAGUGGCUAGUCAAUCUUUUUCCUAUAACAAAAUAACAAUGAGAGAUGGCACGAGAGAUUACAUGAAUCAUAAAAUGUAUUUGACUCCUCUACAACCCGGAGUCAUCUUGUUUUAUUUAUAGUUGAAUAAGUGCUGCUGUAGGCCGGUGGUUAGGUAAUGCAGCGUGUAAUUGUGGGCCUUGAAGUUAUUUGCAUUUGAUAUUUUUAUAUAUUUGUUUCUUUUUAUCCACUUUGUCCAAAUUAAAUUUUCUUAAAGGAUGGCGUGGAGGGAAAUCUCCACCCAAAUGUUUUGGCCACUAUUCUGAGUUAAUGGAGCCUGUCCUGCUGUUGACACUGAUCUCACAGAGGUUUUUCACAAGAUCUGAAUUUAAUAAAGUGACUACUGAUAUCCGGUAAUAAAUCCACACUCUAUAGA